AUGGCUCAAGGGAGCGGGUGUUACAAUUCAUAUUUGGAAUUACGGAUCCUCAUUGUGGAAUCUUGGGGUGAAGGUGAACUUAGGAGUAAGGAGAGAUUAAUGUGCUUUCCUGAACAUGAAUCUAACUCGUGUACAAACUGCCCGUCGCUCUCGGCGAGAGCUGAGAUAAGUCGUAACAAGUGGCUUACAUCCACUAAGAGGCUUAGAAUUGGCCGCUUGGUUUGUGUGGAAGCUUUAUUUUGGUCUCUGAGUUUUUAUGUGGUGGUAUUGUUGAGGGUUGCUUAUUUAACUCUUUUUGAGCGUAAGGUGUUGGCAGCAUCUCAGGUCCGUAAAGGGCCUGAGAUGGUUGGGUGGCUGGGUAUUAUGCAGCCUUUUGCGGAUGGUAUUAAGUUGUUCAGAAAGGAGUAUUUUACUCCAAGAAAUUCUAACCCAGCUCUUUUCUUUCUAGGCCCUUGUUUUAUGUUAUUACAUUCUUUCAUUUUGUGGGGAUGUAGCCCUGGAAUUUGGGGGUGUGGGGUUUACUUUUUUUGGGGCGGGUUGUAUGUCUUGAGGGUUUUAAGGGUUGGGGUUUAUGGGGUAGUUCUUUGUGGUUGGUCUUCUAAUUCCCGUUACGCUAUGUUUGGUGCUGUUCGUGCUUUGGCUCAGGUCAUUUCUUAUGAAGUUAUGCUUGUUUUUUUGUACUUGUGUCCUUUUUUUGUGGUAGGGAGGUUGGACCUAGAGAGGGUUAGGUUGUCUCAGGUUAGAGGGUGCAAUGGAGGGGUUUUAUUUUUAGUUCUUCCUUGGUGGGUUUUUUGUGUUUUGGCGGAAAGAAACCGAGCCCCCUUUGAUUUUGUAGAAGGUGAGUCUGAGUUAGUUUCUGGGUUUAACGUGGAAUACGGGAGAGGUGGUUUUGCUAUAAUUUUUAUUGCAGAGUAUUCUAAUAUUUUGUUUUUAAGCACUUUGACUAGUGUAUUAUUUUUAGGUGGGGGAAAUCUUUUAGGUAAUGGGGAAUAUUUUGGAUUAAUUAGUAGAAGGGUUAUUGGGUCUUUUUUUAGGUUUAUGGUAGUUUUUUUGAUUGUUUUGUGUCGAAGGAGGUUUCCUCGGUAUCGUUAUGAUAUACUAAUGAAGUUAAUUUGGUGCCAAAUUUUGCCAAUUUUGAUAAGAUGCUUUGCCUUGUUUUUAAUAAUUAUUUAACCAAAGGGGUAAGUCCUAGUGUUGGCAAAAAGGUUUCGGCCCUUUUUGAGGGAGGUUAAUAGUCCUCUCCUUACCUUAGAUGUUUUAACUAUGCCGUUAUAUAAGUAAUAACUGUAAAAAUUGGGUAAAUCAUUUUUUAUUGUCUUAGUAGAGGAGAUAGAAUUAGACGUUUAAGCGGCGAUAGAUAAUAGAUAGUAGCGUGAGUGAAGGUUAAAUAAAUUAAACAGUGAAGUAUCGGUGGUGAGCACUCGUACCUUUUGCAUCAUGGCUUAUACUACUUUUUAUGCUGAGGAAGUAUCCCGAAAGUUUUGUGAUCUACUUUCUUACUUUACAGGUUGGCGUUAUAUUUGCUAUCUGGAGAUGGGGAGAUAGUGGCGAAAUACUUUUCGCACUGGUUGAUAGCUGGUUAUUCCGGAAAUAUAUUUAAGUAUAGUCCUUCGGUUGAUGGGGUUUACAGUUUGAUAAUCCUAAUAGUAUUCGGGCUGUUUUUCGAAGGGGUCAGCCCCCUCAGGCUAAGCUGAGGGGGCUAUUUUAAAGGAUGGUUAAUUAAGAAUGGAAAGGCUAAGAAGUGGGCUUGAAGUAGUUAUCUUUAUGGAGUGGGUUAAACCACAAAUGAGCCUUGUAUAAUAAAUUAAAUUUUACCUAUCUUUGUGUUGUACGGAAUCUCUUUUUGAAACAAUAAUCAUGGAGGUGAUAAUGUAAAGAUGAGUAGUCGAGAAGUUGUAAGUGUUUUAAGGUCGGGGAAAGAAACGUAAGGUUAUGUUCCGUAUUUUUAAAAAAAGCUAAAGGAACUCGGCAAAUAAGGGGACCGCCUGUUUAUCAAAAACAUGGCUCCCUGAGCAAUAUGGGGGGUCGUGCCUUCCCGGUGAGCUUGCGGGCUUAAACGGACGCGGUAAAGCGUGCUAAGGUAGCUAAAUUAUGGCCUAUUAAUUGUAGGUCCUGUGAAUGGUUUGACGAGUUUCCAACUGUCUCUAGUUUUUUUUGGUGAACUUGAAUUGGAUGUGCAAAUGCUUCCAUGGGUAAGAAAGACGAGAAGACCCCGUGAAGUUAGAAAUUUAAGUUAUUGGGAAGUUCCAAGGCUAUUUGUGGCCGAAUCGUUGAGGAGCACUAGAACUUAGUGUUUCAGAAGGGGUGAAUAAUAGUAGUUUUGGCUGGGGCAGCAAAGGAGCAAAGCUAGACUCCUUUAGGGUGUAAAACAGAUGUGUUACGACCCACAAACAUUAAGGUGUGAUUAUCAGAAGAAGUUACUCCGGGGAUAACAGCGUAAUCUGUCUUGAUAGUUCUUAUAGAUGGGCGGGUUUGCGACCUCGAUGUUGGCUCUGGAUAUCCUAAGGCUUGUAGGCGGUCUUGAGGGUUGGUUCGUUCGCCCAUAAAAAUCUGACGUGAGCUGAGUUCAGAUCGGUGAAAGCUAGGUCGGUUUCUAUCUUCUUUCUUUUAAAAUUGGGCUUUAGGGUACGAAAGGACAUUUAGUUCCAGGUGAUGGCCUGUAGUGUGUGAUUUUAGAAUAAUUUUAAUAUAAAAAAGUUUAUCUAUAA